AUGCAAAUUUUUGUCAAAACACUUACCGGAAAGACCAUCACACUUGAAGUCGAAGCUUCUGAUACCAUCGAAAAUGUGAAAGCCAAGAUUCAAGACAAAGAAGGAAUUCCACCAGACCAACAACGUCUCAUCUUCGCAGGUUUGUACCAUUUUUCAGUCUUGUGAUUUGCAAUAUUUCAUAAUAAUGUUUUCAGGAAAACAAUUGGAAGAUGGUAGAACUUUGUCGGACUACAACAUCCAAAAGGAAUCCACCCUUCACUUGGUUCUUCGUCUCAGAGGAGGAAUGCAAAUCUUUGUCAAAACUUUGACUGGAAAAACCAUCACUUUGGAAGUCGAAGCUUCUGAUACCAUUGAGAAUGUCAAGGCCAAGAUCCAAGACAAGGAAGGAAUUCCACCAGACCAACAAAGAUUGAUCUUCGCCGGAAAACAAUUAGAAGAUGGAAGAACCCUCUCCGACUACAACAUCCAAAAAGAAUCAACACUUCACUUGGUUUUGAGAUUGAGAGGAGGAAUGCAAAUCUUCGUCAAGACACUCACUGGAAAAACAAUCACACUUGAAGUUGAAGCUUCUGACACCAUCGAAAACGUCAAAGCUAAGAUCCAAGACAAGGAAGGAAUCCCACCAGAUCAACAACGUCUUAUCUUCGCCGGAAAACAAUUGGAAGAUGGACGCACAUUGUCUGACUACAACAUCCAAAAGGAAUCCACCCUUCACUUGGUUCUCCGUCUUCGUGGUGGUAUGCAAAUCUUUGUCAAAACAUUGACUGGAAAAACCAUCACAUUGGAAGUUGAGGCUUCGGACACAAUUGAAAAUGUCAAAGCAAAAAUUCAAGAUAAAGAAGGAAUUCCACCAGACCAACAAAGAUUGAUUUUUGCCGGAAAACAAUUGGAAGAUGGAAGAACUCUUUCUGAUUACAACAUCCAAAAAGAGUCCACCCUCCACUUGGUUCUUCGUCUCAGAGGAGGAAUGCAAAUCUUCGUCAAAACACUUACCGGAAAAACCAUCACUUUGGAAGUCGAAGCUUCCGACACCAUCGAAAAUGUCAAAGCCAAGAUCCAAGACAAGGAAGGAAUCCCACCAGACCAACAAAGAUUGAUCUUCGCUGGUGAGUUGUCUUCCAUUAUUAUUAAUCUUCAAAAAUCAAUAAAUUAUUUUCAGGAAAGCAACUGGAGGAUGGUCGUACUCUCUCCGAUUACAACAUCCAGAAGGAAUCCACCCUUCACUUGGUUCUCCGUCUUCGUGGUGGUAUGCAAAUUUUCGUCAAGACCCUCACCGGCAAAACCAUCACCUUGGAAGUCGAAGCUUCUGACACCAUUGAAAAUGUCAAGGCCAAGAUCCAGGACAAAGAAGGAAUUCCACCAGAUCAACAAAGAUUGAUCUUCGCCGGAAAACAAUUGGAAGAUGGUCGUACUCUUUCCGAUUACAACAUCCAAAAGGAAUCAACACUCCACUUGGUCCUUCGUCUCAGAGGAGGAAUGCAAAUCUUUGUCAAAACUUUGACCGGAAAAACUAUCACACUCGAAGUCGAAGCUUCCGACACCAUCGAAAACGUCAAGGCUAAAAUUCAAGACAAAGAAGGAAUUCCACCAGAUCAACAACGUCUCAUUUUCGCCGGUAAACAAUUGGAGGAUGGACGCACAUUGUCUGAUUACAACAUCCAAAAAGAGUCGACUCUUCAUUUGGUUUUGAGAUUGAGAGGAGGAAUGCAAAUCUUCGUCAAGACUCUCACCGGAAAAACCAUCACUUUGGAAGUUGAAGCUUCUGACACCAUUGAAAAUGUCAAGGCCAAGAUCCAAGACAAGGAAGGAAUUCCACCAGACCAACAAAGAUUGAUCUUUGCCGGUAUGUUUAAUUAAAUAUCGCAAUGUAUUCAAUCAAUAUUUUUUCUUUUUUUCAGGAAAACAAUUGGAAGAUGGCAGAACUUUGUCGGACUACAACAUCCAAAAGGAAUCCACUCUUCACUUGGUUCUCCGUCUUCGUGGUGGUAUGCAAAUCUUUGUCAAGACUUUGACCGGAAAGACCAUCACCCUUGAAGUUGAGGCUUCUGACACCAUCGAAAAUGUCAAAGCUAAAAUUCAAGACAAAGAAGGAAUCCCACCAGACCAACAAAGAUUGAUCUUUGCCGGAAAACAAUUGGAAGACGGAAGAACCCUCUCCGACUACAACAUUCAAAAAGAAUCAACACUCCACUUGGUUCUUCGUCUCAGAGGAGGAAUGCAAAUCUUCGUCAAGACUCUCACCGGCAAAACCAUCACCUUGGAAGUCGAAGCCUCUGACACCAUCGAAAACGUCAAGGCCAAGAUCCAAGACAAGGAAGGAAUCCCACCAGAUCAACAACGUCUCAUCUUCGCCGGAAAACAAUUGGAAGAUGGUCGCACUCUUUCCGACUACAACAUCCAAAAGGAAUCGACUCUUCAUUUGGUUCUUCGCCUUCGUGGUGGUUCAAACUUGUAA